AUGACCACACAGGCGUCUGGCGUGAAUGCAAAUCUGCCACCAGUCAGUUACACGAAAGCUAUUGACAUUUGGAUUGGUGUCUGUUUGGCAUUCAUAUUCGGUGCUUUAUUGGAGUUUGCGUUGGUGAACUGGGCAGCUCGACAGGAUCUCGUUGCGAACAGUCGGGCUCGCUAUCGACAAUCACCUCUCUUCUUUAGGUCAGUGCCAUUUUACAGAAAAGCAUAG